UGUCUGGGAUUUCUCAGCAGUCCCAGCCGCCAUGCCCAACCCGGGUUCGUACCGGCACCGGUGCCAGUUCCCCAGGGUCAGUUCGGAUCCGGAUCGUCCGGGAGCUCCGGGGCGGGUCAGUUUGGCUCGGGAACCGUAUCGGGCCCUGCAGCGCAGUCCGGCGCGUCGGGCUCCCAGUUCGUUUUGUCCAACUCAGCAGCCAUCAGAGCCGAGAUCCAUCGGUUCGAGUCCGUCCACCCGAACAUUUAUGCAAUAUACGACCUGAUCGAGCGCAUCGAUGACAUGGCCCUCCAGAACCAGAUCCGCGAGCAUGUGAUCUCUAUUGAAGGUGGAUGUUUCUGAGGCCCAUAACCAGCACCAUGGACUGCCAUCAAGUAAAGCGACAUUUCUGACAUUUCCAAAAAAACGGCGCACUUGUGAUUUGAAGAGGGGGCUUUUGAUUGGAGGCAGGGCAGUGAUUUCUGGCUGUGUUUGUUUGUGAGGCUGUUAUUGGAGCAGUGGAGCGGCCUACAGCAUCUUAAGAGCAUUGAGGAGCCCACGCUCGCCCUCUCCUCCCUGAUCCUCUGGCUGGACUCCCAGAGCUCCUCUCUCUCUCUCUCUCUCUCUCUCUCUCUCUCUCUCUCUCUCUCUCUCUCUCUCUCUCUCUC